AUCAACGUGGGGGGAGUACGGCACGAAACCUACCGCAGCACCCUGCAGACCCUCCCCGGGACCCGCCUCGCCGGCCUGGCCGAGCCGGGAGCCGCCGCCCGUUUCGACUACGACCCCUCAGCGGGGGAGUUUUUUUUCGAUCGUCAUCCCGCCGUUUUCGCUUACGUCCUUAAUUAUUACCGAACCGGGAAAUUACAUUGCCCGGCUGACGUUUGCGGGCCGCUUUUUGAGGAAGAAUUAGCUUUUUGGGGAAUCGAUGAGACGGAUGUAGAGGCCUGCUGCUGGAUGAAUUACCGGCAGCACCGGGACGCCGAGGAGGCCCUGGAUAGCUUCGAAAGCCCCGAAGGGCCGAGGCCUCCGGAGCCGGCCGAGCCCAAGAGGUUGUGCCUGGAGGAGGGGAGGCCGGCGGGCUGGUGGAGGAGGUGGAGGCCGAAGCUCUGGGCUCUGUUUGAGGAUCCUUAUUCGUCGAGGAUGGCUAGGUACGUGGCCUUCGCCUCCCUCUUCUUCAUCCUCAUCUCCAUCACCACCUUCUGCCUGGAGACCCACGAAGCCUUCAACCGGGUGAUCAACAAGACGGAGACGGUGACGACGGGCAACGGGACGGGGACGCAGGUGGCGGUGGAGGUGGAGACCGAGCCCUUCCUCACCUACGUGGAGGGCACCUGCGUCGUCUGGUUCACCUUCGAGUUCCUCAUGAGGGUCAGUUUUUGUCCGGAUAAACGAGAUUUCGUGAAGAGCAGCUUGAACAUCAUCGACUUCGUGGCCAUCUUGCCCUUCUACCUGGAGGUAGGCUUGCGGGGUCUCUCCUCCAAAGCCGCCAAAGACGUUUUGGGCUUCUUGAGGGUCGUUCGCUUCGUCCGAAUCCUUCGAAUCUUCAAAUUAACCCGCCAUUUUGUCGGUUUGAGGGUUUUAGGUCACACCUUACGAGCCAGCACUAACGAAUUCCUCCUCCUCGUUAUCUUCUUGGCCUUGGGGGUCCUGAUUUUCGCCACCAUGAUUUAUUACGCCGAGCGGAUCGGCGCCGACCCCGACGACGUGACGGGAAGCCGUCACACUUAUUUUAAAAACAUCCCCAUCGGUUUUUGGUGGGCGGUGGUGACGAUGACGACCUUGGGGUACGGGGACAUGUACCCCAUGACGUGGUCGGGGAUGUUGGUGGGGGCUCUUUGCGCCUUGGCGGGGGUCCUCACCAUCGCCAUGCCCGUCCCCGUCAUCGUUAACAACUUCGGCAUGUACUACUCGUUAGCCAUGGCUAAGCAGAAAUUACCCAAAAAGAAAAACAAACAUAUUCCGCGACCCCCCCAACCCGGAUCGCCAGGAUACGGCCCCCCCCGCUCGUCACCGCCUGAGACCUCAGACGGCGCCGCAGGUCAGCUGGGAGGGGCGGGGGCCCCCCGCCCCCCCCCCCCCCCCGACACCCCCAAACUCCCACAGUGA